GGGGGAUGCGCGCGCGCGGCGGGCGGGGCGGGGCGGCCCGGCAGCCCCUUCCGCGGGCGGCGGCAGGAACUGCAGAUGGGAGGGAAAGCUGAGGAGCUGAGUGUGAUCUUGAGGGCUCAGGUGUAGACUCUGAUGCCUGAGUGAGCACAGGAUGAAAACACUUCCCGGAGUGGGUGUAUUUGGAACUGGCAGCACUGCCCGGCUCCUGGUGCCCUUGCUGAGAGCAGAAGGUUUCUCCAUUGAAGCACUUUGGGGGAAGACAGAAGAAGAAGCCAAACAGCUGGCAGAGGAAAUGAACAUCUCCUUCUACACCAGCCGGACCGACGAUGUCUUGCUGCACCAGGACGUGGAUUUGGUUUGCAUCAACAUCCCUCCACCGCUAACGCGGCAGAUCGCUGUGAAGGCUCUAGGAAUAGGAAAAAACGUGAUUUGUGAGAAAGCUGCUACCUCUGUGGAUGCCUUCAGGAUGGUCACAGCUGCCAGGUAUUACCCCAGGCUGAUGAGCAUCAUGGGCAACGUGCUGCGCUUCCUGCCCGCCUUCGUGCGCAUGAAGGAGCUGAUCGAGGAGCGCUACGUGGGCAGCGUGCUGAUCUGCGACGUGCGGGUCUGCGGGGGCAGCCUGCUCAGCCACAAGUACAGCUGGAUCUGUGAUGAGCUGAUGGGAGGAGGUGGUCUGCAUACGAUGGGCACCUACAUCAUCGACCUCCUCACUCACCUCAUCAGCAGGAGAGCCGAGAAGGUCCAUGGGCUGCUCAAGACUUUUGUGAAGCAGAACACAGCUAUAAGCGGGAUCCGCCACGUCACUAGCGACGACUUCUGCUUUUUCCAGAUGCUGAUGAGCGAGGGUGUCUGUUGCACUGUAACUCUCAACUUCAACAUGCCUGGGUCAUUCAUCCAUGAAGUCAUGGUUGUGGGGUCUGCUGGUCGCCUCAUAGCUCGUGGGACAGACUUGUAUGGGCAGAAGAACACGGCACUCCAAGAGGAGCAGCUGCUUACGGACUCUCUGACUGUCAACAAGGGCCUUUUGGAUAAGGGGUUUAAGGACAUCCCACUACUCUACCUAAAAGGGAUGGUGUACAUGGUGCAGGCACUGCGGCAGUCUUUCCAAGACCAGGAAGACCGUCGGACAUGGGAUCAUAAACCUGUCUCCAUGGCAGCCUCUUUUGAAGAUGGUCUCUACAUGCAGAGUGUAGUAGAGGCCAUCAAGAAAUCCAGCAGGUCAGGAGAGUGGGAGGCUGUGGAGGUGAUGACUGAGGAACCAGAUGCCAAUCAAAACCUCUGCGAGGCACUUCAGAGAAAUAACUUAUGAGUAUUCCUGCUUUGGAAGACAAUUCAUGCUUCUGGCUGUAAAGUAAAAAAAAAAACCUCUCAGUUUUUAAGAUAUGUAGAUUCUUAUUUAAUAACCUGAGUUCCUUGGCUUUUUUUAAACAUGUAAAAUAUGUCAUGUUCUGAUAGCAACUGUUCUGAUUUAAAUUGUUGAAAGAGUUUUAAAUGUUUCUGGUUUUGCAAAUGUUGAAUUUUUGUCUUGGAGACUGGUAGGAAAACUUGAAUUGCCCUUUGCACUUGCAGUAGCUGAAGUGACGCAUGGGAUCUCUGCGUCUGCAGGGCUUGGAGCUGGGACACAGCCCUGCUGCACAGGUUGCUUAUUUUAACUAUUUUAACAUGAGAGCACAUAGAGCAAGAUCAGGGAGUGUCUGUUGUUCAGAUGCCUUUUCUUUCUCUUUUGGGGACUGAUGAAGUUUUACCCCUCAGUUUGUAAAGUUUUUUAUGAAAGAGUUGAGUGAUGUAACAGGCCUCUGAACUCCUAUAGGACAAGAAAUAGAAGGAAGGGAUUGAAGUUUGUCACAUGAGGAUCAGCCUUUUGGCUUCCUGCACGUGGCAGAUGUCUUUCAAAUGUAUUUAAAUUAAUAUUUUAUUUAAAUGAUGAUAUGAAUUCUCUGUUGACGGUGGCUUGGCAGGAAAAGCUUCAGGAAUUCUGUGAUGAUUUGUGCAAGUCUUCCUUACCUGUAGACAUUAUUCCUUCACCUCAAGAGGCUGCCUGAACCCAGCAGCUUUUUUUCCAUCAGCUCCAUGUCCGUGGCUUGUGUUUACUGCCUGGCAGUGCCGGUGUCGUGGGGCCAUGUUCCUGUCCUGCCCCCCAGGGUCACAGGAUUUCCACAGUGUUGUGGGUAACCAAAUUGUACAGCAUUAAGCUCCCAGGGACCUGAAGGUGGAGGUAAGGAGGUAUUUCCUACCUCUUGCAGCUUUCUGAACGUGCUGGCUGGGUCAUUGUCACACUACACGCAUCCUGGUAGUUGAGAGAAUGGGGACUGAACUGCCGUGGGUAAGUCUGCUCUUAAUCUCAAACACUGGAUGUUAAUUAACUCUCUGGCCCAGCCCAUCCUCAUGCCCUCCUGCAGUUUAUGCCCUUUGGAGAGUUCUGUUGGCAGAUCAGGAGUAGAAGUUAAUUCUAUUUGAGAAAUGCUUCUCUCUCAGGCAGGUAUGGGAUAGUCCAGUUUUACUACAUUUCUUUUGUGUACUUGAAAGCUUUUUUUUAAUGUAUUUCCCACUAAAGUGUAACCCUGUGUAUUUAUAUAUAUUAACAAGCAAACUGCUGUUUCAUAAGCUGGUCCUUCCUAAAAAGUAUCUUGUUUUCUACAGAAAUAAAAAGUUGUGUUUGUUGAGGA